CCAGCCUGCCUAGGAGCUGGGAGCAGGAUUACGGUGGCCUGACCAGCACACGCAGCUGCGGCCGCCCGGAGCCCCUGCGCCUUGCCCCGCCGCCCGGCCAGCCAGAGGACCGAGAAGCCCGCGGCCGCCGACCGGCCAUGCCCGCCCCUCCCAGCCGCCCGGAGAGCCCGAGCCGUCCUCUCCCAGACCUCUGCUGAGGCUGGGCGCCACUGGCCAGAUGUAGCCGGCUUCGGAUCCGUCUCCUCCCCUCUCUCUCUGCGGAUCUCUCCUGUCUGAUCCCCACAGCCUGCACCCGGGGGCCGGCGAGGGGCCUGCAGGCUCCGGAGCCCUGAUGCCUCGCAGCCCACUGUCCUGAGCGGCCACCACCGGCUCCCGGAGUUGAGGGCAGCAACAGGGCCGGACGUGGUCCCGGAGUGAGCCCAGAGGGCCCCAGAGGCCAGGCCCACCAUGGCCCAAGCGCUGCCCUGGCUCCUGCUGUGGAUGGGCUGGGGAGUGCUGCCCGCCCGCUGCUCCCAGCCGGGCAUCCGGCUGCCCCUGCGAAGCGGGCUGGGGGCGCCCCCCCUGGGGCUGCGGCUGCCCCGGGAGACCGCGGAGGAGCCGGAGGAGCCCAGCCGGAGGGGCAGCUUUGUGGAGAUGGUGGACAACCUGAGGGGCAAGUCCGGUCAGGGCUACUACGUGGAGAUGACCGUGGGCAGCCCCCCGCAGACGCUCAACAUCCUCGUGGACACAGGCAGCAGUAACUUUGCGGUGGGGGCUGCCCCCCACCCUUUCCUGCAUCGCUACUACCAGAGGCAGCUGUCCAGCACGUACCGGGACCUCCGGAAGGGCGUGUAUGUGCCCUACACCCAGGGCAAGUGGGAGGGGGAGCUGGGCACCGACCUGGUGAGCAUCCCCCACGGCCCCAACGUCACUGUGCGCGCCAACAUCGCUGCCAUCACAGAAUCAGACAAGUUCUUCAUCAAUGGCUCCAACUGGGAGGGCAUCCUGGGGCUGGCCUAUGCUGAGAUCGCCAGGCCAGAUGACUCCCUGGAGCCGUUCUUUGACUCCCUGGUAAAGCAGACCCACGUUCCCAACCUCUUCUCCCUGCAGCUCUGUGGCGCAGGCUUCCCACUCAACCAGUCGGAAGUGCUAGCCUCAGUUGGAGGGAGCAUGAUCAUCGGGGGUAUCGACCACUCACUAUACACGGGCAGCCUCUGGUACACACCCAUCCGGCGGGAGUGGUACUACGAGGUCAUCAUCGUGCGGGUGGAGAUCAACGGGCAGGACCUGAAAAUGGACUGCAAGGAGUACAACUACGACAAGAGCAUCGUGGAUAGCGGCACCACCAACCUUCGUUUGCCCAAGAAAGUGUUUGAAGCUGCCGUCAAAUCCAUCAAGGCAGCCUCCUCGACGGAGAAGUUCCCGGACGGGUUCUGGCUGGGGGAGCAGCUGGUGUGCUGGCAGGCAGGCACCACCCCUUGGAACAUUUUCCCGGUCAUCUCCCUCUACCUAAUGGGCGAGGUCACCAAUCAGUCCUUCCGCAUCACCAUCCUUCCACAGCAAUACCUGCGGCCAGUGGAAGACGUGGCCACGUCCCAAGAUGACUGCUACAAGUUCGCCAUCUCACAGUCCUCCACGGGCACUGUGAUGGGAGCUGUGAUCAUGGAGGGCUUCUACGUCGUCUUUGAUCGGGCCCGAAAGCGAAUCGGCUUUGCUGUCAGUGCUUGUCAUGUGCACGAUGAGUUCAGGACGGCAGCGGUGGAAGGCCCGUUUAUCACCCCAGACAUGGAAGACUGUGGCUACAACAUCCCACAGACAGACGAGUCGACCCUCAUGACCAUAGCCUACGUCAUGGCGGCCAUCUGCGCCCUCUUCAUGCUGCCGCUUUGCCUAAUGGUGUGCCAGUGGCGCUGCCUCCGCUGCCUGCGCCACCAACACGAUGACUUUGCUGAUGACAUCUCCCUGCUGAAGUGAGGCGGCCCAGGGGCAGGAGACCGAGGUUUCCCUGGGCCGCAUCUGGUGGUUCCCUUUGGUCACAAGUGGGAGACACUGAUGGCACUGGUGGCCAGAGCACCCCGAGACCCUCACCUGCCCACCAGAUGCCUCUGCCUUGACAAAAAAGAAGGAAAAGCGGGCAAGGUGGGUUACAGGAGUGGCACCUGUAGGAAACAUGAGACGGAAGAAAGCAGCACUCUGGUGGCGGGAAUACUCAGGCACCUCAGGCCUGAGCUGGGAAAUUCUGCUGCUUGACACUUCAGCCUUGAACCUUUGCCCACCGUCCCUCUGGAUUCUCCAACCCAAAGUAUUCUUCUUUUCUUAGUUCAGAAGUAGUGGCAUCACAGCCACAUCACCCCAGUGUGUGUCUCUCUGCAGAGAAAGGGCCAAUGUCGUUUCCCUGCUGGCCCAAGUCAGCAGGAACGGAUGCACAGUUUGCUAUUUGCUUUAGUAAUAGGGACUGUAUAAACAAGCCUAACAUUGGUACAAAGAUUGCCUCUUGAAUUAAAAAAUAAUGAGACUGAAUAUUUGUACAGAUGGGGGCGGUUGGAAGAGGAGAGGAGAGGGAGCACAAAGACAGGGAACAGCAGGGAUUGGAGCUAGAAAAGGCAGAACCAUGACCACCUGCCAGUCCCAGUUUCGGAUGGCAUCUCCAAGAAAAGCCCAUCCUGGAAGAUGGGUGUUGCUGCCCAGUGUUUUCUUUUCUGUGGUUGUAGCCUGACCAAAAGUGAGUUGGGAAGAAGGGCUUACCUAGCCAAAAAGCUCUUUUUAACUCUCUUAAAUGAAAAGUGCCCACUAAGAAGUUCCAUCUGACAACUCAAUUUCUACCUGAAAGAUUGCACUUGUCUCUACCCGAACCCUUUGCCCCACACGUGAUACAUAACACUGACAUUUCACACCCCACCCCCAGCGCCCUAGGAGGAAGCAACUGGAACACAGCAAAUAGAGCAGAGCUGGGCUCUGUCUUCCUGCUUACGUGUUCACUCCCUACCCCAAAUCCCUAUUCCUCUGCAGCUCUGCAGCUGAGGUGCUAAGAGGGAUAAACAGGAGACCUCUCUAAUUUAACCCUCGCAGGCAGAAUCUACCAGAUUCACUCAAUAGGUACAGGUACCCCGGUGCCUCUGCCCAGAUCUCUUCCUGUUCAGUUGAGCGCAGCAGUAAGAUCUCCACAUGACAGAGCUGUUUCAUCACCUUCUCCCCCCUCUGAUGUACCCUCCAUUACCUUGGCACCCCACAGUGGCACUAGUAUUAUACCCAGUGUCCGGACCGCGGGGCUUUAUGGCUUUACCAUCACUGCCUUCGGUAACAAGGCUGCUGGAGAAAGGCUGGCAGCCCCAGGGCUUCCACACUUCCUUCACCUCCAGAGCCCCUUAGGGGAGGCCACCCUUCUCCCCUCUUCUACUCUCUACUCCCCACUCCAAAUGGUACUUGGCUACCCAGGCUGGUUCUUGGGCUAGGUAGUGGGGACCAAGUUCAUUUCCUCCCCAUCAGUUCUAACACAGUCAACUCUGAUACCAGUGUUAGUGGAAGACGUGAUUCUCCUAGUAGACCCACCGGGUCCUGUUGCUAACUUGUCAACACACUGCUUCCAGGUAUGGGACCUGCCUGCCGAGUGUGGAAUUACCUGAUGAGGGAAAGGGAAAUACAGGAGGGCCUCUGGAGGUCCUGGCUUCGGCCAGCUGCCCACAAGCCAUAAACCAAUAAAAAAAGAAUACUGAAUCACAGUUCUUUAUCUGGGUUCUCUUCAUUCCCCUUGCUCUUGGUGCUGCUUUGGACGACUGGGAACCCCCUCCUAACUACAAAGACUGUCAGGAAGACUGGAGACUGUUUCCAGCUCGGAAAUUACUGUGUAAAUAAAACUUCCAGAACUGCUACCAUGUAAUGAAAACGCCACAUUCUGCUUUAUAAUUUCUAUCCAUGUUGGGGAAAACUGGCUUUUUCCCAGCUCUUUCCAGGGCAUAAAACUCAACCCCUUCAUUAGUAAGUCCCAAUGUCCUAUUUUUUUUUUUUUAACUUGUACGUACUUUUCUUUUUACAGUUGCUUCUUUUCUAUCCUGAAAUAUUAAGUAUAUAUAAAAAAAAAAUCUUGACAACAGUUUCUUGCUUGUAAAAAUAUUAUAUAUCUCUAUUUUUAGAAUCGACUCCUGAAAAGUGACUGUCCCAGCUCUACUCACGGCAUUAGAGGCCUUUUCCACCAAUCUGCAUGGCUUCUACCCCCACAGGCCAGGAGACAGAGGGAAAAGGGAGAGCAUGGGUGCCCAAAACGUAAAUGUUGCUUUCUGACUGAUCCCGAACAAGACAGAGAAGAGAGCAACAGUGAGGCCCCAACUUCCACACACCCUAAACAUCUGUCCCCCUGCUAUCGUUGGCUUUCAAGGGGCUUUUACUAGGAAGCUGUUAAGUCCCCUCCCACUUAUUCCUUUCUUCUCUCUAUACUCCUUUGGCUUCAAAUAUUUGUAGAAAAGAAAGAGAAUAGCAUUUAUACCCAUGCCUAAUUUCUAGAUUUUUAGGGAAUACUGAAAAACACUCCCGGUGGCCUAAAGGCUACUGCAAAGUUGAUGAGAGAGAGUAUCUUUUGAUUACAAGAGAAAAAGUAAAUGCCCCCAGAUGAAAAGAACAAAGGAACCGUCUUCCAUUUUGCCACAUUUCCACUCGUGAUAGCUACAAACUGGACAUUGAUAUUUCAUUAACCAAAGAAAUGGGUCACCUGACCUCUACAGAGGGGAGAACUCGGGCCAUUUCAAUCACCCCCCAAUAUGGUCCUGGGAAGUCCAGCUCCUGGAAAUGAAGCCAGUCAAGAAGCCUGAGCAAGUAAGGCAGGAGAAGGGAAAGACUGCACCUGAGAGACUAAUGGGCAAGGAUGAAGGACAAAGAAGGAAAAGAUAAAAAACAGAGAGCAGGGAAUAUAAUUGGAUCUGAAAGGGAGAGGCUUUGCUACCCUGAUAGUAUGCUAGUGCCAGGAAGCAUUUCCAGGUCACAGAAGGGGAAAAACUGAGCUGUUGGUAAUAUAACAACGUCCUUCCCCUGGAGCUGAUUUUUUUUUUUUUUUUUUAAAUUAAGACUUGGUUUCUCCUUGUUUAAUUCCAAAAGAGAAGAAAGCUGAAGCCAUUUCCCGUAGGAGUACAGAUAAAAGGAUAGGAAAAGAUUCAAAGCUCUCAUAGAUUCACAGCUUUCACAGGUAUAAACCUAAACACCGGAAGUGCUCAAUAAGCAGACACGGGAAAGCAAUCUUGUUCUAGAUAGCUAUCUAUAGAACAAAUGACUUCUAAACUUGAAAUCCAACUCCCCUUCAUAUCACUUUGGCCUCCAUUUUUCCCAGAACACGAAACAUGUCCCCCAUAAUUUUCUUGCUUCAAAAAUUAAAAUCCGGCAUUCCAAGAUUAUUCUGCAAAUAAUUUUGCACAGACAUCUCCUCACCCCAGUGCCUGCCUGGAGCUCACCCAAGGUCACCGAACAACUUGGUUGUGAACCAACUGCCUUAACCUUCAGUGGGGAGGGGGACUAGCUGACCAGGAGACCAGAAGUGAAGGGGAAGAGGUGAGGCCUUCACAAGGUUGGUCCGUCAGAGCUUGAUCGGAAGCCAAGUCAGUGGCAGCAAGGGACGGCUUGGCCCAGGAAAGAUCUGUGGGCUGUGCUAGUUUCUAAAGAGAGGACUACCCAGGAAGUCAGAUGGACAGAAGUUUUCGGGACGCAUGGGGGAAAUGGGACCCAGUUAUGUUGUUAUUCUUGGACUGUGAAUUUGCUGAUGUAAAACGGAAUAUUCUGUAAACCUAAUGUCUAUGUGCAAAUAAUGAGCGUUAACACAGUAAAAUAUUCAAUGGAAAUUCAAA